ACAUAUUUUGUAAAAGUUUACAGAGUUUAGGGCUAUUUGUUUCUAGAUAUAGGGCGUACGUGAUAUUGUCCUUUAUAACUUACCCAAACAAAAAUGCCCUUUGUAUAAGUAUACCUCUUUCACACACAUUUUGUGCAGGCGAUAUCAAGGGCUGAAACUUACUAUUAUUUGAUUUUGGGCAAUUUUCCCUCUAUAGCAGCAAUCAGAAUUUUCAACAUCAAAAAGGAUAGUUUGGAAGUUUGAAUUAAUGGAGGAGCCUACGUUUUUCAACAGAAUGAUGUCUCAUCUUCGCACAACAUGCAAGUAUCAUACAGGUUAUCCUAAGGAUCUGGGGCCAUCACGUGUUAUUCAUUUUACAUCAGAGCGUGAAUUUGUUCAACUCCUCCAUCAAGGCUAUCCUGUUGUUGUUGCAUUUACCAUUAGGGGUAACUUAACCAAACAUCUUGAUCAAGUUUUGGAGGAAGCUGCUGCUGAGUAUUAUCCACAUGUAAAAUUUAUGCGUGUUGAAUGUCCAAAAUAUCCAGGGUUUUGUAUAACGCGACAGAGGAAGGAAUAUCCAUUUGUUGAGAUAUUUCAUAGUCCACAACAAGCAGCUAACCAAGGAAAGGGUGCUGAUUCAAAUGUGACGAAAUACUCAGUAAAAGUUCUCCCAUUCAAUUACGACGUCAGUUGCUAUGGAUUUAGAGAAUUUUUCAAGCGGCAUGGAAUACAGACGACCGAUCCUCAGUAACAAUUUGGAGGAAAGAGGUGGGUGUUGGAUUUUUAUGGCUUGUUUAGUUGAUUAUCACAUCUAAUGCAGCAAAUACCAAAUGGGCUUCACAUAUAUUUGUUUUAUUAAUUCGUUAUAGGAUCUGGGUUAUGUACCAUUCAAUCACAAAAAUUACUCAGGAUGAUUUGUUUUUAAUUCAUUUAAAAUUAUUAUUAUUA